UCCUAUCCACGUAGACAUUUUCUAAUUUCCUGUUAAAGGUGUGUUGGAAAUUGCGAUCAGGCCGGAUCACGGUUCAGAAUCCUAUCAUCGGUGAACCAUAGAAAGGUAUUUGAUUCCACUGAAUGAAAUACUUGUACGAGGGGAAUUUGUCGUGCCAGCGGACGCCAUUUUCGCUGCGAGCAUCGGCCACGUCCUAACUUGAUGGCAAGAGAUUCGGAUUCGUUAAUGUGUUUCCAUCGUCGAGGACCGUGUUGUUGAAUCUUCUGCGCAUAAAAAGCGAGUUUCGCAUAUUUAAACAUGCCACUCAGGUUAGAUAUCAAGCGGAAGCUCACUGCCCGCUCGGACAGAGUGAAGAGCAUAGAUCUUCAUCCGACAGAGCCCUGGAUGCUCUGUUCCUUGUACCAAGGAAAUGUUAAUAUUUGGAACCAUGAGACGCAAACGCUGGUUAAAACCUUCGAAGUCUGCGAAGUCCCAGUCAGAACAGCCAAAUUCGUACCUAGGAAGAAUUGGGUUGUUACCGGAGCAGACGACAUGUUAAUUAAAGUUUUCAAUUACAACACAUUGGAGAGGGUACACUCCUUCGAAGCGCACAGCGACUACAUUAGGUGCAUAGCAGUGCAUCCGACGCAACCAUUUAUAUUAACUAGUAGCGAUGACAUGUUGAUCAAAUUAUGGAACUGGGAGAAGGCGUGGAUAGGGCAACAAGUUUUCGAGGGGCACACCCAUUACGUAAUGCAAAUUGUGUUCAAUCCGAAAGACAACAAUACGUUUGCCAGCGCCUCCUUAGACAGAACAGUGAAAGUAUGGCAACUAGGUUCCUCCACAGCUAAUUUUACGUUAGAAGGUCACGAGAAAGGUGUCAACUGCGUGGAUUAUUAUCACGGCGGUGACAAACCGUACUUAAUAUCGGGAGCCGACGAUAAAUAUGUUAAGAUUUGGGAUUACCAGAACAAGACUUGUGUACAGACACUGGAGGGACAUACGCAGAAUAUUUCAGCUGUUUGUUUCCAUCCAGAAUUGCCGAUCAUUCUUACCGGCUCGGAAGAUGGAACAGUGAGGAUAUGGCACUCGGGAACCUACAGAUUAGAAUCCUCCCUGAACUAUGGCUUCGAGCGAGUGUGGACGAUAGCCUGCAUGCGAGGCUCCAACAAUGUUGCAAUCGGUUACGACGAGGGCAGCGUUAUGGUGAAGGUUGGCAGAGAAGAGCCAGCAGUCUCCAUGGACUCGUUGGGUGGUAAAAUCGUCUGGGCCAAACACAGUGAAGUACAACAAGUCAAUCUCAAGGCCUUAGGGGAGGAAGCGCCGGACGGGGAACGGUUGCCGUUGGUGGUGAAAGACAUGGGUGCUUGUGAAAUUUAUCCGCAAACCAUCCAACACAACCCUAAUGGGAGAUUCCUGGUGGUCUGCGGCGAUGGAGAAUACAUUAUUUACACGUCCAUGGCACUAAGAAACAAAGCGUUCGGUCAAGCAUCGGAAUUCGUAUGGGCCGCAGACUCGAGUCAGUACGCUGUCAGAGAGAGCAACACCACUGUUAAAGUCUUCAAGACCUUCAAGGAAAAGAAAAGCUUCAAACCCGACUUCGGGGCUGACGGCAUUUUUGGUGGAUUUUUGUUGGGAGUAUCUUCAGGAUCAGGCCUAUCCUUCUUCGACUGGGACACGCUGAAAUUGAUUCGCCGUAUAGACAUUCAACCGACGCACGUUUACUGGGCAGAAAACGCUUCACUGGUAGCACUAGCCACAUCCGAUCAAUAUUUUAUCCUUAAGUAUCAUGCGGAUACCGUUGCAGACGCACCAGAGAAUUCAGAAGACAUCGAGGACGCAUUCGAGAUGGUCGCUGAAAUGAGCGAAGUGGUGAAGACGGGUCUCUGGGUCGGUGAUUGCUUCAUUUACACGAACAGCGUGAACCGGGUGAACUACUUCGUCGGCGGAGAAGUGGUGACCAUCUCGCAUUUAGAUAGACCCAUGUACCUGCUCGGUUACGUGCCCAGAGACAACAGAUUGUACCUGUGCGACAAAGAGCUAUCCGUCGUCUCCUAUUCUCUGUUGCUGUCCGUGCUCGAGUAUCAAACGGCGGUGAUGCGAAAAGACUUCGAGACCGCCGAUAGAGUGCUACCGACGGUACCGAAAGAACACCGCACCAGGGUCGCACACUUCUUGGAGAAACAGGGAUUCAAGGAGCAGGCAUUAGCUGUGUCGACAGACCCAGAGCACAGGUUUGAGUUGGCUCUGGCGUUAGGAGAUCUCACGACAGCCCACACGCUUGCCAAAGAAGCUAACAGUCAGCAAAAAUGGCGACAAUUAGCGUCCCUGGCUACUCAGAAAGGCAAACUGUGCUUAGCGCAGGAGUGUCUGCAUCAAGCACAAGAUUUCGGGGGACUUCUGUUGCUGGCGACCAGCACCGGAAACGCGGACAUGAUACAGAAACUCGGCAAUGACUCGGACGACAUGGGGAAGAACAAUAUCUCGUUCCUGUCGUACUUUAUUUUAGGAGAUUUUGACAAAUGCUUAGAAAUCCUCAUCAAGACAGACAGAAUACCAGAGGCCGCGUUCUUCGCGAGAACGUACGUGCCCAGCAGGAUCUCGUGUAUCGUGAAACUCUGGAAGGAGAAGCUGUCGGCAGUGAACGAAAAGGCUGGGCAGAGCCUGGCCGAUCCAGAACAGUACGAGAACCUGUUUCCAGGGUACAGCGAAGCGCUCAAGGUAGAACAGUUUUUAAGGGAGGAGAGUCGGAAGAAGAUCCCAGCCUCCGCGUUCCCCAUGGUCCAGCCGAACGUGGAGCGAAAACCCGUGGAGGACAUGUUGGCGGCAGAGCAGACGAAUCGAUUCACUUACAAAUCCGGUAACAUCGGCGCCAGCGAACCGGAAGUGCCAUCUACCGAAGUUUUGACCGACAGGUUACUGGAUCUGGAUAUCGGUAAGGUAGCAACUCCGUCCACCGAGAUGCCGGCCGUUCCGGAGAAGACGAGAACCACCAGCAGCUCGAGGCCGCUGACGGUGGACGACGAUGAUCUGGACCUAGAUCUCGAGAUCGAUGAUACCAUCGACACGACUUGCUUCUGAAAGACAAAGGUGUGACUCUCGACGACGACCUUCUCGAGGAAGAUUAGCCGUUCGAUUGGAAGGCGAGCAGCGCGGUUGUCGCGUGAUUUCCAUUCUCCUUCCGUCAGUCAUUCCCCGCGUCGCCGAUCAGAGUCGUUUAGAAAAUCAAGUAUUACUGUUGGAGGACAUUUUUGUGCGCGAGUGUUUUUAUCAACGCAUCAUCCGAUUCAGAAUAUAUAAACGCAGUCUGCACACGUCGGAGUUUGUCCCCGUGUGCCGGAGAUUAAAUAUAUUAUUAAUAUAACACAGAAAAAACCGUCUGCGGCACGUUUUUAAUAUCUCUCUUGUCUCACUUCCUUUCGCAGCCCGAUCCUUCGGAAGACGCCUAAGAAAAUCCCCCACAUACACACACACGCGCGCGCACGAGCGCGCGCGGGCGUCACUCUGGGAAGGUAAAUGGAGAACCGUGUGCACAAACAACUAAUGUAUUUGCCGAAGAAUUAGAUAGAUUAUUAGGAUAAGAGAGAAAAGCAGUGCGUCGGAACCUUAGCCACUACUUCCUGUUCUCUGUCCCGAGGACCUGCACGAGAUAGCACACAUCUAGGAAUGUAACAGGAUUAGAUACCGGCAUUUAUCUGAUUUCUACCCAAUGUUAAACAUAGUUGUAGGUAUACUGCCUCUUGCGAGGAGACUCUCUACGUAAAACAACACUGUACAGUCGUAUUAAAUAUACUUAUUUGUAUAACAGA